AUGGCCAUCUCAUCGUCGAGCACACCUGGUCGCUCACCCUCAGCCCGGCCUGACAAGGGCAAGAAGCAGGGUAAAGUCGUGGUGCUGAAGCUGUCGCCUGAAUUACUGCGUCGCUUCGAGGAGCCGUCCAUGAAGACAGAAGAACCAUCCGUCCCGUCGUCGGCUUCCUCCCCUGCCCCUGCGGUCGACGACCAGCCCACUGUGAAGGCGCCUGACAGCCAUGACAACGCCUCAGAGUCUAAUUCGACACCGGCACCAAACGGCGACACACCUAAUGGUGAUACCUCUAAGAAGCGCAAGAAUCCUGGAGCAGGUAGCAAGAGAAGCCUAGGGCAAAUGGCAUCUGAGUCCAGUGGCACACCAAAACCACGAGGCAAACCAGGUCCUAAGAAGAAACAGAGAUUGGAUGAUGGCACCAUUGAUCCCGGCUCAAACCGACCGUCAUUGCCUGCCAUGCCUGGAGGCCAUCGAUUAGGGCCAAAGGCAAAUCAGGGUGCUAUCAACGCUGGCCUUCGAGCCUUGGAUCGAUCAGGAAAACCAUGUCGCAAAUGGACCAAGAAACCGUUCACCCUCAAAAGCUUCACUGGCAUCGUGUGGGAAGUGCCAUCCUGGAAGGGCAACGAGAGACUCUUAAUGCUCAACGGCGAAGAAUCGAGUGAUGCCAAGGAGACAUCCCAACAGAGUAGCAGUGAUAUGAAACCCAACGAAAGCGACACUGCCAUGGACAGCAAUGCUGGCGAACAACCCGACCCCAUGAUUCUGACUACCCCAGCCGCCAGUUCUCCAGCCCCAAUGCCACCGCCACCUGCAGCGGUCGCCGCCCAGGGUUGA